UCAGAUAUUCUCUGCAGUGGGAGCUCAAAAGCUUAUAUGGCUUUUUAUUCUUUUACAGCUUCUCACAUGGUGCGAACUAUAGUGAGCUCUCAGUCCAUCCCUAUUCCCCAGACAGCUGCAGACUGUCCUGGAAGGACCAGACAGGCCUCAGAAUGUUCUGAUAGUCGUCAGACUCCACCCUACUCACCACAGCCCACUGCUGUCCCCCAAGUUCCACCCACUCCUCCAGUUCUCCUCAGCCCUCCCACACUAAGACCAAUUCUGCUGGUCCCCUCAAGCAGUCUGCACAUCCCCAGGUCCCGCUCUCUCUCCUUAGCUUUCCUACCUCCCACCCAAGCCAGUAUCACCCAGGUGCACUCACUGCACUGGGACUUCUUCCCACCCACCAGCACCAGUCACACCAGUCCCAGGGGCAGUCUACUCACCCAGUCCACCUCCCCUCCACCUCCUGGCCCAUCCACGGACCAGUCCUCACCUCGUCCUCUCCCACUGCCCCCUCUCCGCCUGGCAUGAAAUUCGCCCUGCGAUCAGCGUCCGGGAACGGGAGUCCCACAGGUUCAGGUGGAAACCCCAGCCCCAUGAAUCUGAAUGACCCCAGCAUAAUAUUCGCCCAGCCGGCGGGGAGACAGCUGGGCAUCAGCGGGCCAGGACGGGAAGGACACUGGCACAACCACUUGGCACAGCCUGGGUCACUCAUGGGCAAUGGCACUGUAGUCAAGUCAGAGUCUGGCCAUCCGGCUUCGUUUGUAGCUGUGAGCCAAGGCUCUCGGUUAUGGGAGCACAAUAAAACCCCUCAGUACACUCUGUCUCCAUCCUGGCCCUACAGAAUGCCCCAGAACUACAUCCAGCAGGGCAACGGAGGCUACCAGCAUGGUAAACCCUUUGUGGCCCAAGGUUCUAUGAUGCAUCCGAAUCCCAACUUCCCACUGGUCCCUCAUGUCCGGCAUCCAGUGAAUUUGAAUUUCAUCCAACAGAAGAAGUAAACUGGCAUCUUUUUUUAAUCAGGCUUAUGGUCAGUAAAACAACGCAUAAAGCAUCAUUUGAUCACAAGACGAUUUUUAAAAUGAAUUUUAUCAUUUUUGUACAGUUUUUAAGUUUUACUUUUUGUGUCAUUACAUUGAUUUGUGAUACAAAUGUCAAAUAUUUUAAUACCCCCGUUUUUGAGGGGGUCCAAAAAAGUGUUUUUAUUUUAUGUGUAAAGUAAGGAGGACAAAUGUAAACCUUUAUUUUUAUUAGCUUUAUUCAUACUUUGCUUGCCACAAGAUGAAGGCUUUGAAUAGAUGUUUGUUUUAAAAACAAUCUAACAUGUCACCCUAAGUAUGUAGUGCCAAAAGCAUUGAUAGCAAGAAAAAAGGGGGAAAGUCUUAAAUAAUAAUUAAAAAAAAAAGCUAUAAAAAAAUAAAGAAAAAAGCAAACCGCU